AUGACAUCUCUAAAAGCUCGUGGGGCGGCACCUCAAUACCCCCCGCCCUUGGUCAUCCAGCCUACAAGCGGCACGCAUCUGCAAUCCUUUCUUAUACUCCAUGGGAGAGGAUCCAAUGGCGAAAAGUUCGGCCUUGAAAUGAUACAGACUACCAUCCCCGGCUUCGAAACCCUACCCGACGCCUUCCCAAACGCCAAGUUCGUUUUUCCAACGGCGGCCAAGCGACGAGCAGUAAUAUAUAAGCGCACGCCGGUCAGUCAGUGGUUCGACAACUACCACUUAAACGCGGCUACAGAGCGCGAAGAGCUUCAAUUUGAUGGACUCCGCCAAAGCGCAUCAUUUGUGCACGAGCUAAUGCAGAGCGAGAUUGCUACGGUCGGCGCGGAGAAUGUAAUCUUGUGGGGACUCAGUCAAGGCUGCGCCAUGUCUCUGAUCAGUUCUCUGCUUUGGCAUGGUCCGAGAUUCGCUGCCGUGAUUGGCAUGUGUGGCUGGCUGCCAUUGCGAAAAAGGAUUGAAGACAGCCUUCUUGACGAGAGUAGGGAGCAAGACGAUGAUCCAUUUGGCCGUGACUCAACAGAGCAAGAAAAGUCGAGCCUUCAAGAAGCCAUUGAGUACUUGCGCGAAGAGCUCGAGAUCUCUGGGUCUGACGCCUCACCAGAGUCAACAGCGACAGUUCCACGAUUUCUUGGUCAUGGCACUGAGGAUGAUAGGGUUCCGAUAAAGCUGGGCAGAGAGGCCGCACAGCUCUUGCGAAGGCUUGAGUUGAAUGUGUCUUUCAAAGAAUAUGAAGGCCUGGGCCAUUGGUAUUCCCCCCAGAUGCUCACCGACAUAAUCGAAUUCAUUGAAAGCUCUACGGGCUGGAAAGCGAAGCGCGCCGAGGGAACUCGGGCGCUGCCAAAGGCUGACGAGCAGAUUUGA